GAGGCAGGCUUCCCCAGAGGAAGUGGGGAAGCCUGGGGCGUUCGCGAAACCCUGUGAGGUCCUGCUGGCUUGGACGCAGCCUCAGUCUCGGACUGUGGCCCCAGGCAAGGUUCACUGGUUCACUCAACCCUCCCACCCCCACAACUCCCGCCUGGGCCAGGACCACCCAGGCUCACGGCGCAGGGACAGGCUUCUUCGCCCCCGCGGGCUGCUGGACCGGCUGUGGACCGCCCUCUUCCUUGCGUGUUUCAUCAGGUUUGAAACCGGGGUUUCCCCAUUCAUAAACGGAGGAUAUCGGCUACUUCAGACUAUUUCUGCGCAGCUACUGUGUUCCAAGCACAUAGUGUUGGGGCUACAGCAGCGGGCGGUUGUGCAACCCCUGUCUCCCCUCCAUUCUGAAAGGACAGCGACCAAUUUAGGGCAGCAGAGCAGGGCUGAGUCCCUCGCAGCAGAAUUUAAUUGCCCAGUGUGUUAAGUACGGGCUUAGGGGAGCAGCAGGGCUGGAGUAGAAAAAAGGGGACUUCUCUUUUAAACGUCAUUUGAUGUUUCAGAAAGAGCAUCAAGGAGCCACCGCGGGAAAGCCUAACUGUUGGACCUUACAUGCAUUGUGUUGUUCGACGUGCAGAGUCGGGGCCGGGCCGGCGGCCUCGGGCUCCAGCCCCGGCGCAGCCCCGCAAAGGUCGGAGGUGCGGUUUCCAGCUGCCGCCCUGACCCUGCGGGCGACUCCACUCGUGCGCGGGAGGGGGAGGCUCGGCCACCCCUCCGCGGAGUCGCGAGUGGGCGAAUCCGGAGCCUCGGAGCAACUGUCGCAGGUUCCGGUUCCGUUGACAGCGGCGCCGGAAACCAGGGCCCCGGCUGCGGGACCAGACGUCGGCCAGGGCCGGGAGUUGGACCCCUGCAUUCUCAGAGACCCUUCGGGGAGCCGCCCCUACCUGGGGAGUAGCUCGAACUCACACGUCCCAUCCUAUUGCGACCCUGCCGAGCCGGAGGUGGGGCCUGACACAGUGGCUGCCAUGGAGCAGUGUGCGAGUGUGGAGAGAGAGGUGGACAAGGUCCUGCAGAAGUUCCUGACCUAUGGGCAGCACUGUGAGCAGAGCCUGGAGGAGCUGCUGCACUACGUGGGCCAGCUGCGGGCUGAGCUGGCCAGCGCAGCCCUCCAGGGGACCCCUCUCUCAGCCACCCUCUCCCUGGUGAUGUCUCAGUGCUGCCGGAAGAUAAAAGACACCGUGCAGAAACUGGCUUCAGACCACAAGGACAUUCACAGCAGUGUCUCCCGAGUGGGCAAAGCCAUUGACAGGAACUUUGACUCUGAGAUUUGCGGUGUAGUCUCCGACGCAGUAUGGGACUCUCGGGAGAAGCAGCAGCAGAUCCUGCAGAUGGCCAUCUUGGAGCACCUGUACCAGCAGGGCAUGCUCAGUGUUGCUGAGGAGCUGUGCCAGGAAUCAACACUUAAUGUGGAUUUGGAUUUCAAGCAGCCUUUCCUGGAGUUGAAUCGAAUCCUGGAAGCUCUGCAUGAACAAGACCUGGGGCCAGCAUUGGAAUGGGCCGUCUCCCACAGGCAGCGCCUGCUCGAGCUCAACAGCUCCCUGGAGUUCAAGCUGCACCGACUGCACUUCAUCCGCCUCCUGGCAGGUGGCCCUGAGAAGCAGCUGGAGGCCCUCAGCUACGCCCGGCACUUCCAGCCCUUUGCUCGGCUUCACCAGCGGGAGAUCCAGGUGAUGAUGGGCAGCCUGGUAUACCUGCGGCUGGGCUUGGAGAAGUCCCCCUACUGCCACCUCCUGGACAACAGCCAUUGGGCCGAGAUCUGUGAGACCUUUACGCGCGAUGCUUGUUCCCUGUUGGGCCUUUCUGUGGAGUCGCCCCUCAGCGUCAGCUUUGCCUCUGGCUGUGUGGCGCUGCCAGUGCUGAUGAACAUUAAAGCUGUGAUCGAGCAGAGGCAGUGCACUGGGGUCUGGAGUCACAAGGAUGAGUUACCGAUUGAGAUCGAACUGGGUAUGAAGUGCUGGUACCACUCAGUGUUCGCGUGCCCCAUCCUCCGCCAGCAGACGUCGGAUUCCAACCCUCCCAUCAAGCUCAUUUGUGGCCAUGUCAUCUCCCGAGAUGCACUCAACAAGCUCAUUAACGGAGGAAAGCUGAAGUGUCCCUACUGUCCCAUGGAGCAGAACCCAGCAGAUGGGAAACGCAUCAUAUUCUGAUUCCUGCCUGGGAGGAACUUUGCUGAAAGAGGUUUUUCACCCGUGAGCCUUGGUCUGUCUCCGUGGGGGUGAUUGGCUUCUGUGGACUGUGGUUCAUUUCAGAGCAACUGGCUGAGCAGUGCCACCACAGGCAGGGGCUGGAGUGGCCCUGUGGCAGAGGCCAAGGUGGGAGAUGAAGCAGCCUACAUCCGGCAGCUGGCUCCUUGGCUCUAAGGGCAGGGAGACUCUGGCCUCUGUACUCCUGCUCGGUCUCCCCUUCAUUAUAUUUGCUGUUGACUUAGUAGCAACUGACAGAGAAGCAAAGGACUUGGCAGGCACAGCAGAUGUCUUCCAUCCUGCCCUCAGCCGGGUCUCUUACUGCCACACCAAGGCUUGUGUCCACUCCUCCCACUGUACAGCCUCAUAACUGUAUGCAUCAAUUUCCCACUGUAAAUAGUCUGGGAUAGAACCGAAUGCCGUUGUUUUAUAACUUUGAGCAAAUAUAUUCACAGGCCUUCUCCUUACUUUGCCCACCUUUAGCUUCACUGGCAAAGAAUUACCAUGUGCCCACUGCGCACAGGUACUGGGCAUGGCCUAACCAUUGCUGCUGGUUGGGAGCGUGGCAGCCACAGAGCCCAGUCGAAAGAACCCAACCUGCAUCUGAUUGGGAGAAAAAGCUAGGAGAUGGCAGACCCUGGGCAAGGUGCUUUUACAUAUACACAUAUAAAAUCGUAUUACCUCCUUAUUAGAAAUGAGUGUGAAGGGAUGUAGGAAGAUGAAAUGACUUGCCCAAAAAGGCUCACAGCGUAUCAAGAAGAGAGCUUGGAGUUUAAACCAGAUCCAACCCUCAAGCCCAAGGUCCUUCCAGUUUAUUCCGGGGUGCCUGAAGCUUGGCUGCUGUGUGUACUGAGUCCUAUGCUGGGCCUUUGAAAACAGGAGGGCACCAUAAGUCUAAAAUGUUUGACGGGAUUAGGUUAUGGGGCCAUUAUGCCAAGCAGGAGAGAUGGCCUGGGGUUCUGCAAUUAACUUCAUAUACUUAUUUAAAAUUUACUGUGUGGGUGGGUACAUUGCUUCUGUCAGCUUCCCAGUGGCAUUUAAGGCUCUUGGGGAAAAAAAAAAAAGAGGAAUGGGGGUGUCCCCGACAUAGGAGCUACAGGCUUAGAUGAAGUGGGGCCUGGGCUCAGCUGGCUCGCCCUGCAGCUCCCAGCUACUCUGGGAGCGGGAGUGGGAAGCUCAGGGUGGGCAGUAGGGUCUGUUCUCAGCUUGAGUCUAGCACUGGCUCUGGUGGCCAAGCAUUAGCACUGAACAUUCUUGAAGUCCUCGGGUCCUCUGAGGAGAAAGGCUGCUUCUGCUCUUUCCUCCCCACCAACUCCUCAGCCCCACCGGGAGCUGCUGCUUAAAUAAACACCCACAGACU